GAAAGUGAAACGCGGUCAGGGAAGGCGUUUGUGAGAAUGGCAGAGGCAAGUGUUUGGAGUAAAGACCACUUCAGCUGUCCAAUCUGCCUGGAUCCACUAAAGGAUCCAGUGACUACUAACUGUGGACACAGUUUCUGUAAGGACUGCAUCGCAGGUUGCUGGGACCAAGAGGAUCCAAAGGGAGUCUACAGCUGCCCGCAGUGCAGACAGACCUUCACUCCAAGGCCAGUCUUGAGCAGAAACACAAUGUUGGCUGAAGUGAUGGAGAAGCUGAAGCUUCUGGGAGUCCACUCUGCAUCUGCAACUGCACCUGCUGCCCAAUAUGCUGGGCCUGGAGACGUGGAGUGUGAUGUCUGCACUGGGAGAAAACGGAAGGCUGUGAAGUCAUGCCUGGUGUGUCUGUCCUCUUACUGUGAAACUCACUUCGGAGUUCACAAUGAUCUAACCCUAGGCAAGAAACACAAAGUGAUUGAUGCUACUGUUAAACUAGAGGAUCUUAUCUGCUCUCUGCAUGACAAACUGCUGGAAGUCUUCUGUCGCACUGACCAGACCUCCAUAUGCAUGCUGUGCGUAAUGGACGAACACAGAGGACAUGAUACAGUUUCAGCAACAGCCGAGAGAUCAUAUAAACAGGAGGGAGAGUUUCCAGCAGCUCAGAUGAGAUGUAAACAAAGCAUCCAGGCAAAACAGGCAGAGGUCCACAAACUGAGAUCAGCUUUGAAGAAUCUCACGAUUUCAAGUGGAAAGGCAGUAGCAGACUGUGAGAGGACCUGUAAGGCAAUGAUCAGUUUCACUGAAAGACAAUUUUCUGCAGUAAUAAAGUUUAUCAGGGCUCAUGAGGGCACUGAGAAAGAUCGAGCUGAAAAGCUCCUUCAUCAACUGGAACAAGAGAUUGGUGAGCUUAAGAAGAACGAUACAGAGCUCGGACAGCUUCUAAAGACAGAAAAUCAUAUUUAUUUUUUGCAGCGUUUGCAGUCUCUCUAUGCCAGUACCAAAGCUGAGUUGCCAACCACUGUGAUUCUCAAUACAUCCUCUGAAAAUGUUCAGAAAAUUGUCUCUGACAUACACAACGUAUUUACGGAUUCCACGAAAAGAAAUAUAACUAUAUUGGCAAAGCAUGUCAAGGAUAUGAAGAUAUUCCUACCUGAUGAGCCCAAGACCAGGGAAGAAUUUCUAAAAUAUCGCAAACAACUUACUCUGGACUCCAACACAAUCCAUCCAAUGCUCUGUUUGGGAAAUGAAAAUAUAGAGGUUUCAAGGGCUUCAGCUCCGCAGCCAUACCCAGACCACCCUGAGAGAUUUGACAGCUGGCCACAAGUGCUGUGCAGUGAGGCUGUGGAUGAGCGCAGUUACUGGGAGGUGGAGUGGGAAGGACAGGGUGUGAAGAUUGCUGUUGCAUAUGGAGACAUCAACAGGAAAGGAUGGGAUACUGAGACCCUAUUUGGGUGCAAUACGCAUUCUUGGUGUUUAAACUGUUCAAGCUCAAAUUCCUACUUCCAACAUGAUAGUGCAGAGAUGGUCCUAUCAGCACCUUACCUUUCCAGGAUAGGUGUAUUUGUGGAUCUUAAUGCAGGCGUGCUGUCCUUCUACAGUGUCUCUGAUACAAUGCAACAUCUGCAUACAGAACUUGUCAGCUUCUCCAAACCUGUGUAUCCUGGGAUUUGGGUUGAUAGUGGAUCAAAAGUGGCCUUUUGUCUGUAAAUGUUAUCACAGGAAAUGUUUUUUUAUUUGAUGGACAGUGGUUAAUACAGGCAGCAUGCUAUACAGUAUGUUGAAUGUGCGAAGAUAAAGUUUUGUCACAAUGCACUGUGGUCCAUGUUGACAUGAUCAUCUACAAAUGAUUGACGAUAAAAAGCGUGUGGAGGUUCCAGUUCCACAUGCCCUCUGCUCCCCCUUGAGCACCUCCACACUGAGUAUGUUGUAUGUGCAAAGAUUCGGUAGCACUGGAGGUACUAGCACUGAAAGCUUAAGCUUAAGACUGUAACCACAUGCGUGUGUGAUGAUAAAAUACAGUUGUUUCACUUCCAUCAUUAAGAGAAAAGUAUAGUAUUGUAAGACACACAAACUGUUAUUAUGGGAAACCUUAUUGUGAACAGAUUGAAAAAGUAAAAGAAUAUGUUCUUUCUUGGCUUUAAGCUUGUCCAAUUAUGUUUAAUGUGAAGAUGAAAUAAAGCUUGUUUUGCAGAUUUC